UCAUAAACUACCUUUUCCCCAGAUCCAAUUACCAUCUCGGGUUGGGUUGGGGCUUGGUUCCAAAGCCCAAUUCUCUCUCUCAAACCCGAGAUGUCUCGCGGUUGCAGAAGAUUCGUGACCGAGAUCGCUUACUGUUCGGUGUAAUCUUUGGCCGACAGCUGUUUGUUGUUGGAUGUUUUCACUCAACCGCUGGCACUAGAUUAAGCGUUUCAAACCUAACACGAAUUCUGCAUACAAUGGAGUGAAUUUUGUCCGUUCAUCUUCUGCGCGAGAGGAUUGUCGGAGAUUGACAAGCUAGAUGCUCGAAGCUUCCAUGGCGUGCAGAUGUUCUCCUUCCCUCCACGUAGCCAGAUACAAGUUCAUAUUAUUGGCCAACCAAGAACAUUGAGGACAAUGGACCUCUCCUCGUUUGAGCGUGACAUUGAUGAACUUAUUGAUGCCUUUGUUAUGGAAGGAUCAACAACUUUUGCUGCUAUGAAAAGGGUUUGGCUCUCCAAGAAGUUUUCCUACAUUUACGAGGCUAGACCUUCAACCAAUUUGGCCUUCUUUAUGCAGUCAUUAUACGCCCAUACAAUUGGUCAUGUGAUCAACACUGCCUCGUUAUUACAUAGACUGGCUGGCCUGUAUUGCCUUUACUGCCUUUAUGAGACCCAACCCUUCAGGCCUCCUAUUAAAAUCUAUAUUUCAAUUGGAGAGCUGAAGAGACUCAUAGAGCUUGUUGUGGAGGCAAAAGAAAAAGAUAUAAAAGUAGUGCAUGGUUUGAUCAAAAGUAUGCUAAAAAGGAACAUAUUUCUAUUUGGAUCUGUGGAUGUAAAUGAAGGCUCUAUUAUGGAGACACUGAACCAGCUUACGGAGGUCCAGAAUGCCCGGAUUCAAGUUGCAUAUGAGAAGUUACUUACUAACACUAAGAUUGAGGACUUUCUUAACAUGGACUUGGGUACAGAAGUUGAUCUGGGCAUACUAAAGAAAAUGUCAACAGAAUAUGCAGAUGUCAAGAAACUAGCUAUCAAAGAGGCAAGUGAGGUGGUGGAUGUCCAAAACAUACAGCAUAUAUCAGAUGAUAAGGAACUGAUAGGAGAUGUAGUAGAGAAAAUCUCUGAGGACUGGAAUGCAUCAAGACAAUUGUUCUAUGAACAAACUGGAGUCACUGGACAGAUGGCUCUGGAGGUACGACAACAAUCAGUGCCACAGCCACAUGAAGAUCAAGAAGAUGAUGGCUUUGAUCGUGAAUUGGAAUUGAUGCUAUCUCAAACUUAAAACCACGAUACGAGAAUAUUGCAAUUUUGGUAGCAAAGCAUGAAUCAUCUAGCAAAAUAAUUAUCCAUGAUAUGCUACAGCAACGUGGAAGGAUUUGAAUUUUCAAUUCAAGGGUCAUUUACUGUCGAGCAAAGUCAUCAUUCUGGAGGUGAAGCAGUUGAUGUGUUUUGCUGAUCCAACACUAUCGUUGUUUUCCUGCUCAAUAGAGUAAGAUCUUUUCCAGAUUUGCUCAAAAUAAAAAUACAUCUGAUAGGCAUUUCGAGUGAAUAUUUUAGUAUCUCACAAUCUUUCCCGUUGAUAGAUGUGACAGUGAAGUUUAUAAAUGUAUCUCUUGAAAGGGAAUGUACAUAUAAACAUAGUUAUGAAUUUUUAUAUUCAAUGUGUCCUCAAUAUAUCCGUA